UCGAAAAAAUUAAAUUAUCAUAAUCGCGAUUUUUAAUUCUCUCAUAUAAUUCAAUUGCUGAUGUGGCAUCAUUUACAACAAUUGGUGCAUCAUUACACAGAUAUUGCGAAUAUUAGUUGUAGAUUGGCCAUCUCGAGUAGCAACAGAUUUGCAUCAAGCUCUUCCGUUACCGAUGCUCCCGAACCAGAGGAACAAGUUGCCGGUGCCACUACAAAAAAGCUACCACCUCGUUUACCAUUGGUCAAGAACUUUUUUGUCGGUCUAGUUGACAAUGAGCUAUUGGCAUUUCCCGAAGUUAUUAAUCGUGAAGAUAUGUCAAAGUUGCAAAAUGAAUUGCUGCCAUUGAAGAAUUUCUUUAACGAGGAUUUAACACAGGAAAUGCUCCUAAGUGAGAAGACAUUGCCCAAAGAAUUGCCGGACAAUUUGAAAAGCCUGGGUCUAUAUGGUUUGAAUGUUUCCAAGGAUUUUGAUGGUAAAGGUUGGGGCUAUAGUGAAAGUUUAAUGGCCAGUGAACCAGAAUCAGCGGCAACCGAUGUUGCUUUGAGUCUAUUGGGUCAUCGGGCAAUUGUGGAUGUAAUACAAGAAUUGGGAUCGGAUGAGCAAAAGAAUCAGCUAUUGACCAAAUUGGGGAAUGGAUCCCUUGUGGCCUCGGAGGCAAUUUUUGAAUUUGAUGGCGCCGAAGAUGACUUUUUCAACACUAAAGCUCAUCAUGAACUUGAUACCCAUACCUGGAUUCUAAAUGGUGGCAAAGCAUUUGUUAUUUGUCCACCCAAAUCUUCAGAUGCUGCUCAGCUAUUCCUAGUGGUAGCCCAAACUAGUAAAUCCAAUGUACAAACUGAAGCUGCCCGUUCCACAACAAUAUUCUUAGUGGAUUCAACUAUGCCCGGCGUAAAGAUUGGUGAUCGUCAUGCGACAAUUGGCUGUGGCACUACUGCCAUACAUCAUGUACAAUUUGAAAAUGUUCGCGUACCACAGUCGUGUAUUUUGGGACAUGCCCAUGAGGGAAAUGUUGUUGCCGACGCUUUGUUGAAAUCUAGUCGGCUGCGUAAUAGCAUGGUUGGAUUGGGUUUGGCCAAGAGCAUACUCAAUGAAAUUUCACAAGAAUGUAUUGAUCGGAAAUUGUGUGGUGUGGUAAUGAAGGAUUUAGAAUCAGUUCAAACCCAUUUGGCAAAAUCAUAUUUAUCAGUCUAUAGCAUGGAGAGUAUGAUAUAUAUGACGGCUGGUCUUUUAGAUGAGUUUAAUUAUCCUGAUGUGGCUGUGGAAUCGGCAGUGACUAAGUAUUUCACACUCAAGGAACUCUUAAAUAUUUCCAUACGUGCCUUGGAUUUAAUUGGACCCAAAUCUUUGAUAGCGGGACAAACAACAGAACAAUUUUUCCGCAAUGCUUCCCACCUGUAUACACAAGGCGAAUCAGUAGAUAAUUUAAGUAUUUUCAUUGCCUUGGCUGGUCUGCAACAUGCUGGGACACUAAUGGGUGAUAAUAUACGCAAGCAGCGUAAUCCUCUCUAUAAUCCCGGCCAUAUUUUCUCCAAAUUCAUGGACCGUUCAACCAUUGAUAAUCCGGUGACAAAAAUGGAUUGCAAAGAACAUUUACAUCCCACUCUCGAACCAGCCGCCCUAUGUUUGGAACAUUCUGUGGCCCGAUUGCAAAUGUGUGUUGAUCUAUUAUUUACCCGUUACGGUAGUGGUAUUGUUGAACGACAUAACGAAUCGAGACGUGUUGCUGAUAUGGCCACCACUAUUUAUGCCAUGUUCUCCAGUUUGGCUCGUGCUUCACGUUCAUAUUGUAUAGGGUUGCAACAUGCCGAUCAUGAAAUGCUCACCGCCAUGGCCAUUUGUGCCGAUGGAAGAGAUAAAGUAAUGACCAUAACCAAAGAAAUAUUCAACGGAAGCUAUGUGAAUAACGAUAAUAACUUGCAACGUUUGUCGCGACAAAUUGUCAAGAGUAAAGGCUAUUUUGCAACACAUCCGUUGACAUAUAAUUUUUAAAU